AGAACUCGGUUAUAGCUUAGUUAUACUUACACACACACACACAAAGUAGCAGGGUACUCCCACAGUCCCACACACACACACACACACACACGCACACACGCCCACUAAAGCUCACACGCACUCAACAAACUUUGACUGAACUGGCGAGUGAGCUGGUGGGUCAUGCUUAGGCCACAUUGGAGUGAGAAGACGUGGAACUAGUGGACCCCCCAUGAUGUUCCGGAUAAUAUCGAUGAAGAUGAUGAUGAUGACGAUGCUAAUGAUGAUGACAGUCAUUGCAGCAGCGGUGGCGAACAACAAAGACUGGACGCCUGCAAGUUCCUUGAAGCGAGCCGUCUGCUCGUAUUACUGCUUGCCUGUGGGAGCCAGCGUCAUUCCCAGGAACAUUUCCUUCGACACGGAAUAUGUCACCAUCUCGGCAAACGAAGCGCUGGAGUCCAUCGGAGCGUUCGCCUUCUCCAACCUCCCCGAACUCAGAGAGAUAACCAUCACCUUGUCCAAACAUCUGAGGCACAUUGACAGGGAUGCGUUCAAGAACCUCGUCAACCUGCAACGCCUGUUCCCAAGUGAGCGCCUCUUGUAAAGUUGUACUCUUUAAAAAUGCAAGGCCGGAGGAGCCCAGUUUAUAUCCAACACGGGACUCACCACGUUCCCUGACUUCUCCAAGAUCCACUCGGCCGCCGACUGCACGAUGUUGUAGGACCCUGCGCACACACACACAAACACACACAUACACUCACACACACUCACACACACACAUGUACGGUGAUGAAGCCAUGUAUUGUAUUGUACAAUGCAAUUGUAGAAUUGUGCUUUAUUGCUUUGUUUACAAUGUGUUGUUUAGCGACAUCAACGACAACAUCCACAUACAGGAAGUGCCUGCCAACGCCUUCAAUGGCCUCUGCAGGGGUACCAUUAGAAAAAUACGGCUCACCACAAAUGGCAUCAAGAAGGUGGCGAAAGACGCCUUCAACGGCACCAAGCUGCACAAUCUGUCUCUGAGAGGCAACAGACAACUUGCCUACAUCCAUCCCAACGCCUUUUCGGGUUCCAGCGACUUGGUGAUGAUCGACGUCUCCCACACGGCGCUCGACACGCUGCCUGUCGCCAUCCUGGGCCGACUCCAGUGGCUGACGGCGGAGUCGGCGUUCCGCCUGAAGGAGCUCCCCCCCCAGCGGUUGUACGGCAAGCUGCUCCACGCCCAGGUCACGUACCCGUCGCACUGCUGCGUCCUCCUCGGCCUGUACAAGAACAAUUCCAUGUGGCACCCACUGUGCUCCCACCCCAAAGCGCGGGAAGAGGCCGCUUUCUUCCAAGCCAACUGCGUCAACAUCAGCACCACCUGCACCCCCUUGCCGGACGCCUUCAACCUCUGCGGGGACAUCAUGGACACGGUCCCGCUGAGGGCCCUCAUCUGGAUCGUCUCUGUCCUCACGCUGCUGGGGAACAUGGCCGUGCUCCUCGUCUUGUUAGGCAGCCGCUCCAAACUGACGGUGCCGCGCUUCCUCAUGUGCCACCUGGCGUUCGCUGACCUCUGCAUGGGCGUCUACCUGGUCGUCAUAGCGACGGUGGACACGCUGACGCAGGGCCACUUCUACAACCACGCCAUCUACUGGCAGACGGGCCCCGGCUGCGGCGCCGCCGGCUUCUUCACCGUGUUCGCCAGUGAGCUGUCGGUGUUCACGUUGACGGUUAUCACACUGGAGCGCUGGCACACCAUCACGCACGCCCUGCGACCCGACCGCAAGUUGCGCCUAAGGCACGCCUGCGGGGUCAUGGCGGCCGGGUGGAUCUUCUCCCUCCUGGCGGCGCUGCUUCCCACCAUGGGGGUCAGCAGCUACAGUAAGGUGAGCAUCUGCCUUCCCAUGGACGUGGAGUCCGCGGCGUCUCAGGUGUACGUGGUGUCGCUGCUCCUCCUCAACAUCCUGGCCUUCGCGUGCGUGUGCGGCUGCUACCUCAGCAUCUACCUGACCAUGCGCAACCCGUCGGCGGCGCCGGCCCACGCCGACGCCCACGUGGCCCAGCGCAUGGCGGUGCUCGUCUUCACCGACUUCCUCUGCAUGGCGCCCAUCUCCUUCUUCGCCGUGUCGGCGGCGCUCAAGCUGCCGCUCAUCACCGUGUCGGACGCCAAGCUGCUGCUGGUGAUCUUCUACCCCAUCAACUCCUGCUCCAACCCCUUCCUCUACGCCUUCUUCACGCGCAGCUUCCGCCGCGACUUCUUCCUGCUGGCGGCCCGCUUCGGCCUGUUCAAGACGCGGGCGCACAUCUACCGCACGGAGAGCUCGUCCUGCCAGCCGCCGGCGUGGACGUCGCCCAAGAGCAGCCCCGUCAUCGUUGGCUCGCUGGCCAACAACGGCAGGGAGCAGGAGAGCUGACACGUGGACCCGCCCGCCUUCGCUAUGUCAAGUGUAUUUGAACCUGGCUAGCAAACAUAGAUCAAUGCAGUCCAAACCUGUGAGUUACAUAACCCCUUUAAGUCCUCUCCUUUUGAGCAGGUACACAUGUUUGUCCGUAAUGUGAUUUAGGUAUCUAAGGCAGGGGUGUCAAAACUACGGCCUGCGGGCCGCCAGCGUCUUCAAUUUGGCCCGUGAGACAUCAUGAGUUCAACAAAGCAUCGCAUGGCGGAGUGCUUUCAAGUUCAUCUUAAGUACCAGGCGGUCCCUGCAUGCUCCAUAUUUGCUGCUGUCUUGUGAGUAAAUCAAAUCACUGAUCCAUAGCACAGCAUUUACUUAUAAGACACAAUCCAAACAACCUUCCCUAGUCAUGGUGCAAAAGAAAAAAAUUGCAACUAACAUAAAGGUCAGCACACAUAACACACCCUGCUCACUGAACAUUGUGGAUAUUAUGAAAAACAUACAAACACUGUAGAAAAAUGUCAAAAUGACACUCAUUUAAAUCCAUUCGAGUGCAUGAUGGGAAAAAUGUCAAACACUCUCUCCUUACUUAUCCAUGUUUGGCACAUUUGAGCUGCUUGAUAUUGCU